GGUGUGUCCCCUCCCCCUCCUGUGUUGCCGGAUUGACAAAAAUGCCUCCUCCUGGUGUGAUUCUGGACAUUAUUGAGCACCGUAGGAGGGUUGAAGGAGCAGGAAGCCUCAAAAACCCUGUUAAAUUUCAUAGGCAAGACUUCCACACACUGCGCCAGUACUGCCUGGACAACAGGCUAAGGUUCACUGAUGGCAGCUUCCCCCCAGACAGCAGCUCCAUUGGUCCCGGUGUACUGAAGGACCAUGAUUUGGCCAGGGUGGUCUGGAAAAGACCAUGGAAAAUUGUGCAAAACCCAUGUUUAAUUGUGCAAGGAGUUUCAAGGUUUGACUUUAUGCAGGGGAAAGUAGGUGAUUGCUGGUUUCUGGCUGCUAUUGGCGCAAUGACAUUUCAGACGAGAAUAUUGGAACAAGUGCUGCCAAUUGACCAAGGAUUUGGAAAUGAUUAUGCUGGAAUCUUCCACUUCAGGUUCUGGAGAUUUGGGAAAUGGGUGGACGUCGUGAUUGAUGAUAAGUUGCCAACAUUAGAUGGCAAAUUAAUCUUUGUUCAUCCGAAUAGAGACAAUGAGGUAGAGUACUGGGCUCCGUUGUUGGAGAAAGCCUAUGCCAAAGUCUGUGGGUCCUAUGCUGAUGUGAUAGCUGGGAGUGUGUCAGAGGGAUUGAUGGACUUUGUUGGGGAGGCAUAUGUGGGAUUCAUACUGAAACCUGCACUCUCAUACCUCUGGGAUCUCAUGGAUAGAGCUAAGAAAUACGUAUCCCUAAUGGGAUGUGCAACCCUUGCAGUGACACCUGGGGAAGAUACAGAGUUACCAAAUGGCUUAGUAGCUGGUCAUGCUUAUGCUGUCACAGGAGUUGCACAGGUGAUAAGUCACGGACAUCCCAUGAAGCUGGUGAGGGUGUGGAAUCCAUGGGGAUUUACAGAAUGGAAGAAUGACUGGAGUGACAAAUCUCCCUUGUGGCAAACAGUCAGUGAGGAGAACAGAAGAAAGUGCCUGAAAGAUGCCGACAAUGGAGAAUUCUGGAUGUCAAUGCAGGAUUUCCUGGAAAAUUUUUGUGAAUUGCACAUUUGCUCUCUUUCUCCGGAUUAUUUGGAUGAUUCCGAGUGUUGCUGGACCUCUUCCACUCAAGAGGGUAGAUGGGUUGCAGGAGUCACAGCUGGGGGAUGUACUGAUCACAUGGAAACUUUUUGGACAAAUCCCCAAUAUUUGGUGACGGUAGAAAAUGAAACUCAGCACACUGAAGAUCAAGGCACUGCAAAUAUGCUGGUGUCCGUUAUACAGAAAUCUGACAAGAAGCAUCGACACCUUGCUACAAUGUACCAGAUUGGUUUUUACGUUUUUGAGGUGCCCCCAGAAUUUCAGAACAGCAAGCAGAGAUUUCCUGCCUCCUUCUUCAACACUCACAAACCUGUCGAGCAGACUAAAACUUUAAUCUCUGCUCGAGGGGUUCCAAAAUUCUUCUGGCUGAGGCCUGGCCAAUACAUCAUUGUGCCGUCAACAAAGAAUCCAAAUGAAGCCAGUGGUUUCCUACUUAAAAUAUUCUCAAAAUUCAAAGUUUUUGUAGAGGAAUGCUGUGUUCAACCUGAUUUUGACGUCAGAACGCUCAGUCAUUCCCAGAGCUAUGAGCCAGAGAACAUCAAGAAUGUGUUCUCCCAGUACGGUGAUCAGUAUAUGGAAAUCAAUGCUGAACAACUCCAGAAGCUUCUGAAUGAGAAGAUAAUCAAAAGAGCUACGUCACAGACGGAAGGCUUUGCCUUGGAUACCUGCAGAAGCAUCGUUGCGAUGAUGGAUCUCUCAACCACUGGAACACUGAGUAACAAGGAAUUCUCACGUUUGUGGAGAAAAGUCCUGAAUCACAGGGACCUUUUCCUGAAGCUUGAUGAAUCUCGUUCAGGAAAACUGCCACUGAGUAAACUGUGGAACACACUCCAAAGAACAGGUACCAUGGUCGAUCAUACCUUGAUCCACCUCAUUACCUCCCGCUACGGCAACUCUUAUGGAGAAAUCAGCCUCCAGAGUUUCAUUUUCCUCCAGCUGCGCUUGGAUUACAUAGACAAAACAUUUCAUACCCUGUCCAAAGGAAAUGGAAUGCAUCUUCAACAAAAGGAGUGGCUGCACCUCGCCAUCUACUCCUGAGCUAUCAUGAAUCUCACUGAAACAACAGACAGAGCUAAGAAUCAUGGCAGUGAAUGAGAAUCAAAAUGUAAAAAUCUUCAGUAAUUAUUUCUGACAAUUCUCUCCUUUAUAAAGCAAACUGCUUUCAAAUAUUGAAGACAUUUAAAAAUUGGGAAACUUACUGUAUCAGUGCAGAAAUUCACUUUGCUCAAAGGCACUACAGCAAGAAUGUGUCCAGAAUGUGGGAUCUUAAAGUACAAAGUGAUGGCUUUAACCUCUACGCCACCAAAAAAAUAUUUACAGAAGUUCUGUUUUAUUACUGUAGUUAAUAACCAGUAUGGAAUUUGAGCAUACAAAAUUGAAUGACUAAUACAUUUUUUGACUCACAUAAACAUUAAUUUUGCUUAUAUAUGCAGAAGAGGACUAUUUUAUUACACUGGUUAAUGAUCCCAAUACCGUUUCCUUAAAAAAACAAACAAAUUCAAUAGAUGGUGUAAUGAUGGUUACAAACGAAAUGGGAAAAUGGAAUAAAAACUGUAAAGUUAACAGUUAUACAAUUGAAUCGUGUGGAGUACUAACCGAGAAACUGGUGGUGGACUUUUACAAUUUUUUUUUUUUUGUCUUGCAUUUACUGUAUGUA